AUGUCCUGCCAGAUUGUGCGCAGCUGUGCAAAUUGGAGCAAUGGCAGCCCACUGGAGCAUUCAAUUGCCGAUGCAUACUGUGCCAUCAUUCGUAACAGUGAGCAUUUCGUCUACAUUGAGAACCAGUUCUUCAUCACUUCGACAGGCGAAUCACAGCAUCCAGUGAAGAACAAGAUCGGAGCUGCGAUUGUUGAGCGUAUCCUGCGUGCUGCCCGUGCUGGACAGAAGUACAAGAUCGUUGUGGUGAUUCCCUCUGUCCCCUGCUUCGCUGGUGACUUGCGGGAUGAUGAGACACUCGGAACACGCGCGAUCAUGGAAUUCCAGUACAACUCCAUCAACCGUGGUGGGCACAGUAUCAUGGAAGUGAUCGCCAAGGAAGGCUUCAACCCCAUGGAAUACAUCCGUUUCUAUAACCUUCGAAAUUAUGAUCGCAUCAACAACGGUGGAACGAUGGCUGCGGCCGAGCAGCAGAGUGGUGUCAACUACGAGCAUGCUCAGAGACAGUAUGACAUGAAUACUGCCGGUCCUGGUGGAUAUGCCCCGAGCACCACCCGGAGUAACUUUGACACAAGCGCUCCAUUCCAGCAGUAUCAACAAGCAGCUCAUCGAUUCCAAGGAAGUCAUGCCUCUACUAGUCGCUGGGAUAGUGUUAGCGAGUGCUAUAUGCUCGGCGGAGAGGAUAUUCGUAAAGUGCCCUGGGACGGUCACCCGGAUGCUGAGAUCGAUGCAUUUGUUAGCGAAGAGCUCUAUGUUCACUCAAAGGUGAUGAUCGCCGAUGACCGGGUUGUUGUCUGCGGAUCUGCAAACCUCAACGACCGCUCUCAGCUCGGCGACCAUGACUCUGAAAUUGCCAUCGUCAUCGAGGACUUCACACCCGUAGCCUCGAGCAUGAACGGCAAGCCAUGGACUGCCAGUCGCUUCGCUGCAUCUCUUCGCCGCGAGCUCUUCCGUAAGCAUCUGGGCCUUCUACCACCGCAAGACUAUCAGCGACCGGACGCAAACUUCGAGCCUGUGGGAGUUCCCAACCAAUUCGACUUCGAAUGCCCCGAGAGCAAGGUGGUCGCCGAUCCCUUGGCCGAUACUGUCCAGAGUCUGUGGAACUCGCGUGCACACACUAACAGCGAAGUCUUCCGGAAGGUGUUCCACGCAGUGCCUGAUGACACAGUGCGCAACUGGGCUACCUACAAGGAGUUCUAUGAGUACUACUUCCACAAAGCUGACAAGGAGGCCGAGGCCCGGGAAGGAUUCGCCCGGCCGGCGCGAUUCCAGUGGGGCCACGUGGUCCGCGAUGACUUCGCGCCUGGUGCGGAGGGAGCGAAGCAGGUCAAAGAGCUUCUCAGCCAGGUCAAGGGUACUCUGGUUGAGAUGCCUUUGAUGUUCUUGAUUGAGGAGGAUAUCGCGAAGGAAGGAUUGACUCUGAAUGACUUGACGGAGCCGCUCUAUACCUAAGGAGGAGAAUGUAUUUGCUGAGACAGCACG